UUCCCACGCCCCUCAGUUGCACGCGUUUUUGUUCUCUUCCUCCCUGAUCGUGGAGACCACGGAUUACAUGGACGAGUCCGCUUCGGCAUAAUACAAUGGGCCUUCUCAGGAGGCUGACCUUCGCCACCGGCGUCCUCACGGGGCUCGGAACCGGGGCGCUGGGGUACCUCGGGACCUCGACCACGAUCAUCAGUCCGCUGCAGGAGGACGACCCGCUGUGGCGCUCGCAGAGUUACGCAAAGUACAACCCGCACCGCAACCCGUCGGUGCAAGACAUCUGCGUCAAGCGGAUUCCCCUGAGCAAGAUCAAGCCCGAGUUGCUCCAGCGCGAGGGCGAUCUCGCCGUCGAAUUCUGCCGCGGAGUCUGGAGCGGAUUAGGCUAUCGAUUCCAGCGCGCAUACCUCGCGCGUAAAUACCACGGGCCGGCGACUGCGUCGCAGCUGUGGACCGUGGACCAGCUGUCCCGGUCGACGUACGAGCCGGGCACGCAGCUGACGGACCACUUCGAGGUGGUCGAGAAGACGCCGUCCGAGAUCGUGAUGCGCUGCGGCGACUCGCCGCGGAACGCGGGCCCGCGCGACUCGGACGGCCUGUUCGUCAUCAGCGCCGAGAUCGACCGGGCGCGCGGCGAGGCCGUGCUCGGGCUCAAGAGCUGCUUCUUCACCAGCGGCCGCAAGGUGGAGGGCAGUCAGGGCCCGGCGCCUGCUUGGAUCGAGGUGCUACAUCAGUGGUAUGCCCGCCUGUGGAUGGAAACCGGGUCGUGGAGGGUGACACGUUAGAGAGCGGUAGCGUGAGGAUUGACGGUGGUCACUUCCUGUGACUUCCUGUGCUGGACACGUGCCUGUUCUCGGUGGUGAUUUUCCUCGAUGGGGGCGCCGGGCCUCUCUCCCAAGGUUCUUAUUCGCUCCCGCAUGCAUCGCCUAUUGGGGGCACUAGGCAUGCAGGCCACAGUGAUUGGGAAGGAGCAUUUUGAUUCCGCCACGACGGACCCGUGGACGGCUAGCUGCGGUUCGCCCAAAGAACCGCCAAGGGAAGCCCAACCCGUUACCCCUCACCACCCCCAAAAGC